AUGGCACUGAAAGCUGUGUUGAGAGCUUUUCUGGUUGUUGGCAUUUGCCCCUUGCUCUGGUGGACGUUCCGACCUCUUCCUAGCUCUGAUACAGAAUUUACAGAGUCGCUACAGUCGAUAAACCCUCUAAGCCCAGCCUCCGAUCAUGGCCAGAAGGCUUCAGAGCUCUACGCCUCCAGGGCUGCUCAUGAUCUCUGUUCCGUCCACGGCUACUCAGCUUUUGUGCCCACGAGCCCCCCCAGCGAGCGCAAAGUCUACGAUAUGCUCAUGAUAAACGACGAACUGGAUUUUCUCGAAAUACGCCUCGAUGUAUUAUACGACUACGUCGACUACUUUAUCAUCGUCGAGUCAGCGAAAACAUUCCAAGCCAAUUCGAAACCCCUUAUCCUCAAAGAGAACUGGGACAGAUUCCGUCGCUAUCACGACAAAAUUAUCUAUCACGAACUAACUUUCCCAUCAACCUUCGACCCGCAUCGUGCCUGGGACUACGAAGACCUACAGCGAGAUGCCCCCUUCGACCAAGUCAUGCUCAGUCUCGACGAACCAAGAGCAUCCAACAAAAGAGACGUUCUCAUCGUAGCCGACGUCGAUGAAAUACCCCGACCACAAACCCUCCUCCUCCUCCGAUACUGCAAUUUCCCCCGCCGCCUGACACUCUCCUCCAAAUUCUACUACUACUCAUUCCAAUUUCUCCACACCGGUCCAGAGUGGCAGCACCCUCAAGCAACCUUAUACCAAGGACACCGAACCCUCAAGCCCACCAAUCUUCGCAAUGGAGAUGGACGUUUCCGUCCAUUUCGCUUCCUCGAGAGGGGCGUGCUGAGUAAUUCCGGUUGGCAUUGCAGUAGCUGUUUCCCGACGAUAGACCAGUUUCUCAACAAGAUGGCGAGCUUUUCUCAUCGAUGGAUGAAUCGUGAAGAGUACAGAGACAAAGAUAAGAUCGCAGCUGCUGUGAGAGAAGGCAAGGAUCUCUGGGGUAGGGAACAGGAUCAGUUUAUAAGGAUUGAGAAUAAUCAGGACAUGCCUCCACUGGUGCUAAAGAAGCCAAAUCGGUUCGGUUACAUGAUUAGUCGGGAUGGGCCGUCAGCAGGCUUUGUAGACUACAAUGGAAAAUAA